CUGCACAACCUGGGACUUUACCGGAGCAGAGGCCCUGCGACUUCUGCAGUAUGCCAAGUUGUGUUUCGCAGUGGAGUGUCAACCGUCGUUGCAAGGGUACCUGAACGGUGCGCGUUGAAAUAUAGCCGGGCAACAUGCCUUAUUUCCAGACACUAGUAGUCCAUGUGUCUGUCGCCACCGCGCUUGCGCUGUUCUCAGCUGCGACAGAAGUGAAAGCCACAGAAUAUCAGUGCAACUGUGAUGAGUUUGAGAAGCGCCUGAAGGAGAUGAGCGAGCAGGUGAGCGAUUUAGUAAAGAAGACCUACGACUGUAGCAUGUUAGAGCUUAGUAUUGCGACCGUUCCUCAGGAUAUAAAGAAAUUGACAGCUGAUGUGAAAGCACUACAAAAUAGGGGGCAGAAUACCGUGUCCAAUUUAAUACAUCCUGUGCCAAGAAUGAGCAUUGAUGCAGUGUACAAGAAGGUGCGAGAGCUCGAUGAAAAACUUAGAGAAAUGGAGAGCGAAAGGAAGAGUCUACGCGAUGCCGUGGGACGAAUGGAACGAGACAUACAAUCGGAGCGGCUUGAAAGGAACAGCAUCACCGAGGCUGUUCGAGCUGAAGUGAGGAAUGUGACAAAAUUAUUGGCGCCUGAAGUGCAGCGAACAGCAGCGGCACUUCCAUCAAUGGUGGCAAAAAUGAAGCGCUUUUACAGCGCUGGCAGAGUCAUCAUGCGUCUUUUGUCACCGGCGGUUUCUCUAAAUCAAACGGCCAAUAAAGACAAGUUUGAGAGAAAGUCAAUAGCUGUGGCAGAGGGAGAAACCAAUGAAACGACAACUGAAUCGCACGCCCAGAUUCAUGCUGCCGAUGUGCCAAGCCAUAGCACUCAACAGAAGUUUGAAAUGAGCGGGAAACUCCAGGAAAAUUUAUACAAUGGCACUGCUUUGACAAUUCACUCUGAUGUUGCGAAAAGUCACUCUCAUGGACAGCCAAAUUUUACAGAAACAGCAUUAUACAGCGAAGCAUUGAAAAACGACGGAUUUGACAAUGUCAGCGAAAUUGAAUUUGUGGGACAGGACACAAAUUUCUCAAUUUCCAUCAGAGACAGCAAAGUAAUCGAUUGUAUGGAGUACGAUUCAAACAAUGACAACAUCUCAAAUUAUAACGUGAUGCCUUGUGACGGUUUCAGAGCGGAUGUGGAUUUUGAAGGGCACGGGGCCGAGGAGCGAAUGGCACCUGUAUCUGAUGACUUCACAACACAUACGUGGUCUAUGGAAAACGUCAUAGUGGUAAUGGCCGAAGAACUACAGAAGCUAAGAAAAAAAACUGAUGACGAUGCUUUAAGGAGGAGAGUGGAACAAAUUGAAAAAAACGUUGAUCGCAUGAUAACAAACAUGACUCAACUAGAGCGUCCUAUGAAGGAUGAAAUAGAGCAAAGAUUCAUGAACAUCAGCUUAAGGAUUAAAGAUACAGUGGGGGUUUUAGCAAAACAUAAUUUGACGCAUCUUGAAGACACAAUUGACGAAUUAGCGCGGAACUCGAGUUCAAUUUGGCAGACUCUGCAUAAUGCACUGAAUAAAAUGCAGCAAGUGCAGCGUGAUCUUUCAGAAGAUAUUAACAAUAGCAAUGUGGGUAACAAUGCCUCUUUUCACUCCAUGAAGGAGAACCUCUUGUUAUCUGUGAGCCAACUGUCAGAACUGAACGAGUCACUGCAGAGAUCUCUUGCAGAAAGCGAAGCGGUACUCAAGGGUGAAUUGGAAAAGUUGAAUUCUGAAACAGAACUCAAAGUGAGCCAGCUUAGCCAAACUGUCCAGCGUGUCCUGGUUUCUCUUGAUGAGUUAAGUGAAAGUUACAACAGCAGCAUCGUUUCAACGGACAUGAAGCUGCAAGCAAGGAUGGAUGAUCUGCAUCAGAGGGUCUUCAAUGAAAUUGAGCGCCUGAAGGGAAUUAUGAAAAAGAACGCUGAGUCGCCUGCUCAUCUGCCAACUUUGAGUGGAUGGCACCCAGGUGUCAUCAAUCCUCGCUGUUGCCUCUUUGGCGGCGUUGACUCACUGAACCGCAUCCUCUGGGGCUGCCCGGACGAUCCUCCGCCCGCCGACCUCAUUUGCUCAUCUCCGACCGAGGAACAAUGGGAGGCCCUUCUCUCCAGCAACGACAGAGACAUCCAGACACGGGUCCUGGGACGAGCUGAAGACGUCAUCGAAAAACACAGCCUGGCAGCCUACGUGGCUUAG